ACCUAACCUUGCUUUAGCACGGGCCCCCUAUCUCACCUUUUUGUCUCUCCACUUUCCACUUGGCCGGAUUCCCCUCUUUCACAAUCUGUUUGCCUGUGUAUCGCCUGUAUCCACCUGAACCCUUUUGACCACAUUUUUUAAUUUUAGCCGUCCUUCCGUGCUUCCCUUUGGGUGUAAUGGGUGUAUCGCAAUCAGAGAAAUUAGGGAUCAUUUCGGUGCAUACUCACCCUUGGGGAAAUGAUUUGGACUUUAGAGAUAGGAUGAGGAUGUUUGCUUAUAAAAGACCCACGACAUCUGAAAAGUCAACCCCCCUUAAUUGUAUCUUUUGCAACCUAUUUCGGAUUUGAGAUCUGAGUCAGGCUGCCAAGGUUCGUGCCCUAUUAUUUUGAGUCACCCUGCAUUUUCUUUCCACUUUUGAAAUCGAUCAUUCUUUAUAGACUAUAGAUAUAUUAGAAGGUAGAGAUAGACAAAUGGGUGAGAAGCUAAGAGUUGCUAUCGUUGGUGGAGGUGCCGGUGGUUUAUCUGCUUUAUGGGUUUUGAACAACUUUUCCCAAAAUGAAGUCCAUAUCUAUGAAAAAGAAGAUUGGUGGGGUGGUCAUGCGCAUACCGUCGAAUUCCAGCAACCUGGUAAGGAAAAAUGCGAAAUUGAUACUGCAUUCAUCGCUAUCAACUCGAAAAACUACCCCAACUUUUACCGUUUCGUCCUCGAUCACUCUGUAGAGCUCAUCAAGACUACCAUGUCGUUCUCACUUUCUCGCGAUCGUGGGGCUUUUGAAUGGGCUAGCAAUGAUCUUUGGUCACUUUUUUGUCAAGGCUCAAACUUCUUUAAGCCGAGAGUAUACCGUAUGAUGUGGGAUAUUUUCCGAUUCCACAUCUUCGCCAAGGAUCUUCUUUCUGAGGAAGGGGAGAGUGAGCAACUGAGUAUCGGAGAGUAUCUCGACAGAGAGGGAUAUAGUCAGUCAUUCAAGGAAGACUAUCUUCUUCCCUUGACAGCUGGUAUCUGGUCAAUCCCACCCGAAAAAGUAGCUCUUGACUUUCCUGCAAUGGCGCUCGUGAGGUUCUUUCAUAAUCAUCAGAUGCUUCAACUGUGGGGAAAACCCAGCUGGUUGACUGUGAAAGGCGGCUCGAGCAAGUACGUUGAGAAGAUCAUAAAGCAAAUACCGAAAGAGAAACUUCAUCUCGGCGAGGGUGUGCAGGCGGUGGUCCCGCAAGCAGACGGUAGCUUCAUUGUGCGAGAAGUAUCGGGGAAGGAGGAGAUGUACGACAAGGUUAUUCUCGCUACACAUACAGACCAGGCUGUAUCGCUCCUUGGCGAGAAUAUUAGUCCAGAAGAAAAGGCGGUUCUUGGAGGUUGUGAAUGGAGCGCGAAUGAGGCCGUUGUGCAUUAUGAUGAGGAGCUUAUGCCAAUCAGAAAGAAGGCAUGGACUGCUUGGAACUACCUUACUUCUACCAAACCGAUUUCACCUAGCCACGAGUCCAAGACGAGCGCCUCCGCCGUCAACACCAUCUCCAUCACAUUCGACCUCAACGUCCUCCAAUCCCUCCCCGUCUCCAAACACGGCCACAUCUUCGUCACUCUCAACCCGCCUACCCCACCAUCCCCUUCAAAAACACUUUCCAGAUGGAUCUACCACCACCCGACCCUCAACCCUGCCCUUUUGCGCGCCCAGCAACAACUCCCUUCCAUCCAAGGUGUUCGUGGGCUAUACUUUGUCGGCGCGUGGACGGGGUAUGGGUUCCAUGAAGACGGUUGGCGAGCUGGGAUGGAAGUAGCGUACAGGCCAGAGUUUGGGGUGCCGCUGCACAAAAGGCCGUGGGAGGUGAGGAGGGUGAGUGGGAAGGAUGUGAAGAAGGAAAUGGGGGAAUGGGCGUUGAGGCCGGUUAUUGGGACGGUGGAUUGGGGGGUGAAGGGUUUGGUGACAUGGGCGAGCUGGACGCUGGGGUUGUAUAUGUCUGCGAUUCAUGUGGUUGCGGGGCGGGUGAUCAAGGAGAAGAAAAAGGUGGCUUGAUGCUCAUUUUGAUUCUCUUGUUUUUUUGCCCCAAAGAUGUCUUUUUUUUUGGUCUCUUCAUCUUUCCUUCUUGGAUACUUUCAUGGGGCUGCGUUAUUUAAUACUGUAUAUAUAUGUCUUGGGUAGAUUUUUAACUUUUGUGUUGAUAAAGCAAUAGACGA